AAAGAAUUUCAAAAGGUUGAAUUUCGUGCUCUUGAAUUAAUUUAAUUUACUUUAUUUUCCCUAACUUUAUUUGUUCGGAGUAAUUCAAUUUGCGGUUGAAUUUGAUAGGGAAUUUAGGGUAUCGGAGGCAGAGUCUCUUACUGAACGUGAAGAUAAGAAAAUGGCGGGAGAUGAUGCAGAGAAAGAGCUACGAAAUCAUCGCCCUUCUUUGAAAACCCCUCCUUCCCUCAAUAAUUACCCAAACUGGAAAACCAAGCUCCGGGAGAAUUGCUUCCGAAGGGUUCGCGAGGAUCGAACUCGGUUGCUCUGGAAAUUGAGACUACCCGAUCUUAAGAGCCAAUCUUCCAACAACAAGGAUCUCAUCAAUUCAAGCCUUCAGGGCAUAGUUUCUGAUGAACUAAGAAAAAUUAAGGGAUUCUCACUGGAUGAAAGUUCAGCUCCAACAUGUCGUAAUGCUACUGAUGACAUGAUAUGGGAAUAUGAUGGUCUUCAGACAGCUUAUGCAGGCGACUGCGAGGAAAUACUAUUAGAAAUGCAAAACAUAUUUUAUGAGGAGCUUGGGAGAGGAGAAAGUAGAAAAGAGCCUGAAAAAUUGAUCACAACAUGGGAUGAUGAGGAAGACGAAUAUUUGGCUCGUAUAGUGUUUGAUCACAUGCAGCUAAAUAGUGAUCAGGUUUCACCGGAGGUUUGGUGCCCCAUCUGCAAACAAGGGAAGUUGCAGGAAAAUGGCCAUAAUAUAUAUUGCAAUCGGUGCAAAUUCGAACUAAAAAGAGACCAUGAGGUUGAUCUGAACUUCUUAAGGCUGAGGCUGGGUGAAGCUCACACAGAGCAUCUUGUUAAAGGAUGCAGACUGAAACCUGAGUUCUGCGUUGAAACUAAGUUUCAACUGACUGCAAUAUAUAUCAAGUGUCAAGGCUGCGACACAUUUGAUAUUGUCCUAUAACCAGUCACUCCAGCUAGGGCAGGCAGAUGAUAUAUUGAUAUGUACCCAACUCCCAGGUAAAGUAAACCAACUUCGUUUGCAUUUGUUAAUUAUGGCUUUACGCUGCCAUGUUUCGUAAUUGUUGUCUUGAAAAGGGUCUUUACUACAGUAACAAAAUUGUUUUAUUUCUUGUGAGUUUCUUGAGAAAUGUGUAGUGCAGAUAUACACCAUACCAAUCACCUUUAUAUAUUGAAA